AUGUCGAUUGAAUUACCGGAGACAAUGACAAAUGAAAUGCGAACGUUAUUGGAAGGUUUACUUCAACGUGAUGUUGAUAAACGUUUAGGAUGCAUGGGAAGAAUAGCGGAAGAAGUGAAAGAACAUCCAUUUUUUAAAGACGUCGAUUGGAAACAAGUUUAUUUAUUAAAAUUAACCCCACCGUUGAUUCCCCCGCGUGGUGAAGUCAAUGCUGCCGAUGCGUUUGACAUUGGCAACUUUGACGAAGAUGAUACAAAAGGAAUUAAACUCACCGAAUCCGAUCAAGAAUUGUAUAAAAAUUUUCCUAUUGUUAUAUCCGAACGAUGGCAACAAGAAACCACAGAAACGGUUUUUGAUACAGUCAAUCAAGAAACCGACAAAAUCGAACAAAAACGUCGAGCGAAAUUCAAACAGAACAACAUUUACGACGACGAAAAGACCUCCGAUCUAAUUCUUCAAGGACAAUUAAAAAAGAAUACUGGAACAUUCGGUUUCUCAUGGCAAAUCCGUUACACAAAACUUUAUCCCAAUCGAUUGGAAUUGCAUUACGAAAAGGGUGAUAAAGAUCCCGAAGUUUAUACAAUGGAACGAAUUGAACAUAUUGAUUCAAAAGAAUGUAAAGGACAAAAAACGAUUACCAUACAUUUAAGGGGUGGAAAUGAACCUCGGCUAAUGCUUUCACCACAGGAUGAAGUCUCGUGGAUUGAAUGGAAGAAAGCCUUGUAUGAUACGCUGGUUGCAUCUCAACAACAUUUAACUGUAAGUGAAAAGGCAUCGAAGAUCUACGGAGCUGAUGUAAGUAGUACAGCAACUCCCAAUUCCAACAGUACUCAACAAUCAUCGUCUGGGAAUUAUCACAACUCAUCAUCAUCCGGUGGUGCUCUUGGUGGAAAUAAGAAAACUAAUAUAACGGCAGGCACACUUCAAGAUUGA